GAAAAACCCAAACAUUUUGAUGCGACCGAUUGAAAGGCUGCUUAAAAAAUCAUGGCUCUUCCACGCCCAAAAUCUCCUCGGCCUGUAACCCCUCAAAAGAAGAAAGAAGAGUCGUUUUUGGAAUAUUUAGGCACUCUAGGACGAAGAAAGAAAAUCAAAGAAGUUACGGAGCUUACAGCUGAAGGCAAAAAUGCUAUUGAUUCACCUGGUAGCCCAGCACAGCUUGAUGCCCUACCUGGAGAUUAUAUAUUAGACGAAUAUGAAGAAAGAUCCAUGAUCGAACCUGCAUCUUAUGACGACCCUAAAUUAAAGGAACUCAUUAAUGUUUUAAUUGAGUGGAUAAAUGAUGAACUGGCUGGACAUCGGAUCAUCGUGAAAGAUAUUGAAGAAGAUUUAUACGAUGGUCAAGUGCUACAGAAACUAUUAGAAAAACUCUUGGAUGUUAAACUAGAUGUCGUUGAAGUUACACAGUCCGAAGAAGGCCAAAAGUUGAAGCUGAAAAGAGUUCUGGAUGCAGCUAAUAAUACUCUCAACGUCACUUCUUGGAAUCAGCCGAAAUGGAAUGUUGAAAGUGUGCAUUCGAAAAAUGUUGUUGCUAUCCUUCACUUACUGGUAGCUUUAGCUCGCCAUUUCAGAGCUCCUGUACGGUUGCCAGAAAAUGUGGUUGUAAAUGUCGUCGUUGUGCAGAAAAGAGAAGGAAUAUUACACACUAGGACAAUUGCUGAGGAAUUAACCGCUACCUAUGAUGACCUUGGAAUGAGAGUUGAAAGAGAUGCCUUUGAUACUCUUUUUGAUCAUGCUCCUGACAAGUUACAAGUAGUUAAAAAGUCUUUGGUGUCUUUUGUAAACAAGCAUUUAAAUAAGAUAAACUUAGAAGUGACUGAUCUGGACACACAGUUUAAGGAUGGUGUGUAUCUGACCUUACUGAUGGGAUUACUGGAAGGAUAUUUCGUGCCACUGUAUUCCUUCAAUCUCACUCCCCUCACGUUUGACCAUCAGGUUCACAACGUCUCAUUUGCUUUUGAAUUGAUGAUGGAUGCCGGGUUGCAGAAACCCAAGGCCAGACCCGAAGAUAUCGUGAAUAAUGAUCUGAAAUCAACUCUGAGGGUGCUGUAUAAUUUAUUUACCAAGUACAAGAACCUGAACUGAUGUGUUCGUUUGUGGAAGCAGAGUUUAGCCGAGUGGAUGCCUUUAAAGAACUAAAUAUUUCUUAUGAACUUAACAUUUUAUCAAUGUUAUUUGUAAUCUAUUUUAACACUGUUAACGUUUGUCUUUGUUGUGCCAUGUUGUAAAUAAUGCUCAUUUUAUUUUAAUGGAGAAAAAUAAAUAUUUUUAAUCUGA